AUGGCCAUGGAAGAGCCAAAAGACCCGUUCAAAGGGGUGGAUUGGAAAGCUGUUGGUAGUGACAUGCAGAAGGACCCCAGUGUUAAGCCGGGCAUAAAGAAGCGGCUUCCUAGAAAGAUUAGGCAGAUCCCAGAUUGCUAUUUUCUUCCUCGAAGAUCCCUACCCUAUAACAUUGCAUUCUUUGGAGCAUGUAUUGCUGGUGGCAUUGGUGCUGGGAUGCUGCUGGAGGUCUGGAUAAACAAGAAAGUUAAAGAUGAUGGAGGAGUCAUAUGGGAGUUUGACAAAUGA